UUCGUUGUCGCCAUUUUUCUUGUUGUGGUGUGCUGAGAGGUGUACCUUCACAGCUCUGUCAAAUCUUUUCUUGUCGAGCUGAACUUCUUUUUUUUUUGUUAUUUGUGUUUUAUUUCGGAUAAGCAAGCGUCGAAAACAAAGAAAGCAACAUGGCGCAGUACAAAGGAGCUGCCAGUGAGGCUGGGAGAGCCAUGCAGCUGAUGAAAAAACGAGAAAGGGAAAGAGAACAGCUUGAGCAACUAAAGCAGAAAAUUGCAGAGGACAACAUGGUCAAGUCCAACAUCGAUAAGAAAUUCUCAGCUCACUAUGAUGCUGUAGAAGCAGAGCUGAAGUCCAGCACAGUUGGUUUGGUGACACUGAAUGAUAUGAAGGCCAAGCAGGAGGCUCUGGUGAAGGAGAGAGAGAAACAGCUGGCCAAAAAGGAACAGUCCAAGGAACUCCAGCUAAAGUUAGAGAAGCAGAAAGAAAAGAAGAGAAAGGAGGAGCAGAAGAGGAAAAUAGCCAGUUUGUCGUUUAAUCCUGAAGAAGAAGGAGAUGAGGAGGAGGAAAAUGAAACUGAAGAGGAAGAGCAGGAUUGCGCUCCAGUGAAGAAGAAGAAACUGGGUAAAAAUCCAGACGUGGACACAAGCUUCCUUCCUGAUCGAGAGAGAGAGGAGGAAGAGAAUCGACUCAGAGAGGAGCUCAGGCAGGAAUGGGAGCUCAAACAAGAGAAGAUAAAGAGUGAGGAGAUAGAGAUUACAUUCAGCUACUGGGAUGGCUCUGGACAUCGUAAGACUGUCAAGAUGAAGAAGGGCAACACCAUCCAGAACUUUCUGCAGAGGGCUCUGGAGGUCCUCAGAAAGGACUUCAGUGAGCUCAGGUCUGCAGGAGUAGAGCAGCUCAUGUACAUCAAAGAGGAUCUGAUAAUCCCACAUCACCACAGUUUUUAUGACUUCAUUGUGACCAAAGCCAGAGGAAAAUCUGGCCCUCUUUUCAGCUUUGACGUCCAUGACGAUAUUCGACUGGUGAACGACGCCACUGUGGAGAAAGAUGAGUCUCAUGCAGGUAAAGUGGUGCUGAGGAGCUGGUAUGAGAAGAACAAACACAUCUUCCCUGCUAGCCGCUGGGAGCCGUACGAUCCGGAGAAGAAGUGGGACAAAUAUACGAUCCGGUGAAACUGCUAUCUUCUCCGCUGUCUGGAUUGUCCUUAUUUUAUUCUAUUUCAUCAAUGCUUUGUAAAGAUUUGAUAAGCUAUUCAUUCAUUCUUUUGCUAGUUAUAUGGUGUACGUAUUUGAAUUGUCAGUGCAGUGAUCCCUGUGGAAAAAGACCCCACAUUCAUAUGUACAUAGCUCACAAAUGUAGUAUCAUCUGUGAUUAAUUAAAAUCAACCUGGUUAUGACUCA